UUUAGACCAAGACUUUCAAAUUUUCUUAGUCAUUUAAACAUCUUUCGAGCGCAUAACAUUUAUGGAUUCCAACAACCACCCUCUUACUUCUCUCAUAUGUCCUGCCAUACGAAUCAAAAACCUAAAAAGCCAAAGUCCUAUAGAAAUUUACGGGCAAGAUUAUUUCAUAGUCCAUAAUUCCUAUUAUUUUUUUAAUGCCAAAGAUGAAGAGUCUUCGUGUUCACACCACCUUCUCCCUAUUAUUGGGUGCAACAAUAGAGAAACUGUACCAAUCGUACAAAUUGCUAUAGGGUACAUAGAAAAAUAUUGUGGUGCUUGUUGUUCUGAUACAAAAGGUACAACAUAUUAUUUUUGUAGCGAAUGUGACAUAUGGUACCACAAAGAAUGUGUCGAGUCGUCCCCUAUAGUCAAAUCUCCGUACCAUCCAAAACAUUCUCUCCAACUUUACAUAGGUGCAUCUACUUACCAAAUGUUAUAAAAAUAGCUCGUCACAAGCACCGUGUUUCUUUAGCUUCUUCACUUUUGUCUCGAAAUUGGUCAUGCGGUGUUUGUCACCAAAAGAUUGACGAAAAUUAUGGGGCAUAUUCUUGCAUGAAAAAUGACUGUAAUUAUGUAGCGCAUUCUAGUUGUGCGACAAGGCAAGAUAUAUGGGAUGGAAAAGAUCUUGAAGGAGAACCUGAAGAGGUAAACGAAAGCAUCGAGCCACCGGUUGAGGAGAUAAGUGAUGGGACUAUACUACAUUUUAGUCAUCUAGAACAUCCCAUGCGACUUGUCGAGGAUGUCAACAAAUGGUACGAUGAAAAAGAAAUUUGUCAAGCGUGCAUACUUCCUCCAUACGAUGGUAAAGUUUAUACAUGCAUGCGCAUGGAAUGUGGCUAUGUUCUCCAUGAAGAAUGUGCAUAUUUUCCCCGUGUGAAACAACAUCCAUUACAUGCCCAUUCACUUACUCUGGAACCAUAUGGUACACAAAUGAUACGUAAGUGUCAUUGUUGUAAUACUUACUCCCUUGGUUUCAAAUAUGUAUGUCAUAAUACUGAUGGUGAUGAUGAGGGUUUCAGUUUAGAUGUACGAUGUGCUUUAAUAUCUGAGCCGUACGAUUAUCAUUCUCAUAUGCAUCCCUUGUUCUUAACCGAUUCAGUAAUUGUCUGUUUUAUUUGUCAUCUUGGUCAUCUUCGGGGAGCUUUAAAAUGUGAUGAAUGCAACUUUUCCUUGUGUUUUAGUUGCGCCACUCUUCCAUAUAAAGUGAGAUACAAGAAUGAUGAACAUUUACUAACCUUUUUAUAUGGAAAAGCUGCGAACGGAGUCUAUUGGUGUGAUCUUUGUGAGAGAACAAUAAAUCCAGUCACUACAAAAAUAACUGGAUUCCGCGGAUUCUAUAGAUGCAAUGAAUGUGAAGUCACACUUCAUACCACCUGUUUACUUGGGGUUGAUAUGUAUAUGAAUCAUGGUUCAAAGGUUACAGUAAACAAAGAGGAGUUCAGUAUCGUUCGAAACACUACUCUCACUCGACCAAUCUGCAAAAAAUGCCGAAGACGUUGCAAAUACAGAGUGAUAAUACACAUUGAAGUGAAUCUGAGCAGGCCAUUGAAGGGGACAAUUCAGGUGAACGAAGAGAGGUAUUUUGUGUCGUAUGAGGGACUCACCAACAUUUGCUCCGGCUAUGGUGUGUAUGGGCAUUUGGUCCAUGUAUGUCCUCGACGAGUAUUGGCAGAAGUGGUGGUGAGUUUUUUACAGACAGGGAUCAGCAAGGCUUAUCCGCUGUCAUUUCUGGUACGUUUUUGCCAUGGCUUCAUCUCAAGGGACUGGAUGGUCCGUGUUGUGCAUAUGCAUAGAAAGGCUAAUCGACUAGCUGACGGAUUAGUAAACUAUGCGUUCUCCUUACCAUUAAGUUUUCAUUUGUUUCAGUCUAGUCCGGAGAGUGUUGCUGCAAUUGCGUUGCAGGACUCUGUUGGUCAUGCUAUUCCAAGACUUGUUUGUAUUUAGUCUUUUUUUUUUUUUAAUAAAUAUGGGAGUUUAACUCCCUCUAGUGUUUGUAUUUGGUCACGCUAGUCUCAAACACUAGAGGUUCCAGUUCGAACUCGGGCUCAGAGCCUCAGACAUUUUCCUUCAUUCAAAUUUUGAACUUCUUUUAUGAUAGGUAAUUUGAAAUUCUUUUUAGAUAGGUAGUCUACUUGUUAUUUAUGUUUAA